UGUAACUCUGAAAAGCAAGAACUAAAAGACUCUACAUCUUCCUGAUUUUUAUUUCAUUUUAUUUUUUACUUCCAAGAUGUCUUUCUCAGCAAACUGCAGAGUGGCUAUAAUCUGUGCCGCCGUGCUGCUCUUCCUUCAUGUACAAGGACAGAAAAACAGGACAAUUGUUUUUCGCGAUGGAAUUGAUCUCCCAUGUUGUACGAAUACUUCUGCUGCCAAAAUCAUUGAAGAGGUCCGGGCCUGCUAUGAACAGAGGGAGCACACAUUUGCCGGUUGCAAAGUGCACGCCUUCAUUUUUGUGACCGUUUUGAACAUUCCGUACUGCGUGGACCCAAAAGCAAGCUGGCUGCCAUCAAGACUUAAAGAACUAUCCGCUAAAGGAAUAAACUGCAGUGUACUGUGAAUUGGGCUGCGGCGGCCUACAGAACCCACAAUGCAUCUGGAGCUACUGGAUAUUGAAUGGUGUCAGUUUCGGCUUCGUCGUCUCCUGCAGUUGGAUGAAUUUUUUUUAUAAUUUUCUUUAAAAAUAAUGAAGCAUCUGUCCAGC